CUCGAGUUAGUGGCUGGCCAUAUGGCAAUCAAUCUUGCGACCAAUGUUCAACUGGCCAUCGAUCUAUACCCAGUGUCAGCACAUUGUUGGCUUGAUUCGACUGUGGCACUAUACUGGAUACGUGGGCAGGGGGAGUACCGGCAGUUCGUUGCAAACAGGGUACACAAGAUACAGCAGCAUCAGGAUGUCAAGUGGCAUCACAUGCCGACCACCCCACAGAUUUGGGCAGCCGCGGCGGAAGCGUUGAUCAUCAUCAGCUAUGGAACCAAGGUCCGAGUUGGCUGAGCGAAGAAACUGAAUGGCCAGCAGACAUAAUCUUUGAGCCCAACGCAGAUUCCAACACGGAGUUAAAGGUGACUCGAAGCGUCUUUGCUGCAACAGCACAAGUCCAUGAUGAUUUUGACCAACUUCUUGAUGCUCACGAAGUGCACAAAGUCCUGCGAAUUUGUGCAUGGAUUCAGAGGUUUAUCAGCAACUGUAGGUCCCGAGCUAGAGACUGGCAAGAUGGUCCACUGAACGCAAUCGAGAUUGAACAACAGAGACUUUGGUGGACCAAGCAAGCACAACUAGAAUGCCAAGAAAGACUCUGCUUCAAACAAGACCAGCUCCAACUGAAUCUGCAGCUAAACAGCGAAGAUAUAUUUGAAUGCAGAGGGCGAAGUGAAGGAGAGUUCCCGAUCUACCUGCCAGAUAGUCAUCCCUUUACGCACGGAAUUGUACGACAAGCGCAUCUAUCGACAUUACACAGUGGUGUCUCGCUGACAAUGGCAUGUGACGUCUAUUGGAUUCCCAGAUUGCAUCACUUGGUCAAGAAAGUGAGAAGUGCCUGCUGGGGUUGCAAGGGAUUUAGAGCCCAAGCAUACCAAUCCCCACCCCAGGAAACCUUCCAAGCACAAGGACACAAGGGUCUAUGCCAUUCCAAGUAAUCGGGGUGGACUUUGCAGGCCCAAUUUACUACCAAUCGAAACCCGGAACUGAAAGCAAAGCAUAUCUGGCCUUGUACGGAUGCAGCCUGACAAGAGCGUUGUAUCUAGAUUUACUGAAGUCAUUGGAAGCAACCGAAUUCAUCAUAAGCCUUAAACGGUUUAUCGCACGCCGAGGCAGACCAAAACGUAUAUACUCGGACAAUGGUUCGACAUUCAAGGCCACCAAGAAAUGGCUCCGACAAGUGCAGAAAGAUGAACAACUUAAUGAUUACCUGGCUGAUCUCUCCAUCAAGUGGCAAUUUAACUUGAGUCGUGCUCCUUGGUGGGCAGGCCAACUUGAGCGUUUAAUUGGCCUUUUCAAGAAUGCCUUCUACAAGACCGUAGGGAAUCGCACAUUAAGAUGGAUGGAGUUCAAGGAAGUUGUGAUCGACGUAGAGGUCUCUCUUAAUAAUAGGCCUCUGAGUUACGUAGAGGACGACGUCCAACUACCACUACUAACCCCUAACUCGAUGUUAACCACUAACCCUAAUCACCUACCUGAGCUGAAGGCUUACCACGUUGACGAAGCAGAUUUACGGAAGCGAGCCAAACAUGUUAAGAAAUGUAAAGAGGCCGUAUGGAAUCGUUGGACAAGAAAGUAUAUAAGAAGUCUUUGUGAGCAACAUUGUUGCGCUGGAGGAAAACAAACACCAUACCCGAGCGUCGGAGACGUAGUGAUCAUCAAGACCGAAAAGAAGAACCGGAAUACGUGGAAACUAGGCAUCGUCACUGAAUUGAUAAAGGGAAGAGAUGGAAUCAUAAGAGCUGCAAAAUUAAGAGUUGGUACUGGCAACCUUGAACGUGCCCUUCAACACCUGUGUCCCCUAGAACUGUCCAGCGAUUGGCAACAACCACCUCAACUUGACACAAAUGCACCCAUGUUUCAACCAAGACCAAAAAGAGAUGCGGCGGCGGAAGUGCGGAUUCAACAAACGGCGGAAGAAGAAUACAACGAUUACUAAACAAACUGUUUGAGACUAAUAACUAAAUUUUCUAGAGUUGAUAUUUAACAUUAGCUAUUAUGUUGGAACUUGUAUGUCAGACGGAUGUACUGUAAAAUGCAUAUCACUCCGUGGAUAUACAUGGGGGAGUGUGUCCGGAAAUGGGAUUGAUAUGCCCGGUGGACUUUAUUGCCGGUAGCUGACGUCACCGACCACGCUACUGGAAGUGCAAGCUAAGCAUGUUUUCUAAGUAUUCAGGAAAAUUGUGAAAUAUACAACAACAUUGUGAUUUUUAAGCGAAAUAUAUUUGUUUUAAACCUUUUAUUGUGACUUGUUGUGGGAUACAUAUCCUUGGAGGCGUGAAUCCCCAACAUGAUAACGCAGGGCACAUUUUGGGUUCCUCAUGAUUAUAUCUUUUAAACCAUUGUGUCAGUGGCUAAAAAGAGUCAGUGAGAAAUGUAUAAAAAUAAACAUACCAUUAUUUUGGGUGCCCAGGUUGGGCUCACUGUCGGGUGCCACUGUAACAUUCACAUCUCCAUUAGACUCAUUCUAUGACUAAGAAUAAGUUAUAUUAUUUCAUUUGUUUCUGGAGCGUUAUAAAAAUGAUGUACGGUAUAGGCAACAUCUUUGGUACAUUUCCUAAUCCAAGUUACCUUUUGGUCAUACAAUUUUUACCUGUGUUGAGAGCUGAAAGGUAUUCAAUACAGCAUCCAUUUGUUCUGGAUUAAUAUUCCUAAUUGCUAGAUUCAGAGAAUAUUCCUUAGAUAGUAAACUUGUUUGAUUUAAGGAUAAUUCACAAUCAUCAUUACAGUUAAACAGUUAAUGGCAGCUAGGAGGGGGAACACUACUCUAUGCACUUGUGAGAAUGUUGAUAAAAUUGGUGGCUCUUACAAUGACUCUUCAACUGCAAACUAACCAUUUAAAAAUACAUGUCAAUAAAAUAUGGGGUGUCAGGAUUACUUGUACUAUCAACAUAAUGAGCAAAGUGAACAAUAAAACAAUAUAUAUUGUCUGUGUGACUUUAUAUUGGGCAAGGAUACUUUCCACAUAGCUUUUGAAGACUUUCUGUUUUUUCUCCAACAUCCCACUCUGCCAAAGGGAUGAUUGUGAAAGUUGUUACAUCUAUCACUGUUUGAUGGAGAAAAACAGCUUUUGCCUGCAUAAAACUACUUGCAUAUCCUUCAGGGACAUAUUUAAGUGUUAGUAAUGCCUUCACUACAUCGGCCUCCUGCAAGACAAUUUUCCUGGCCUUGAUAUUGGGGAGAUAAUCGCACCCAGCUAUUAUACACAUGUGAAGAAAAUCAUCUUUAGUCAUUGCAAGAUGUUUAAAGAUUUCCUUCAGUUCGAUGCUAUCAAACAUGCCAUUCAUCUGAAUUUUGAACAAAACCUGCAAGCAAAAUAAUUGUACAUAAUGGUCAUUCCAGAAAAGCCCCACAGAGGAAAUUUCUGCCAUCUGGAGGGGAGACAAAAUUGUUUCUAAUAAUAGUAAGUGUAUUAGGACAUCCGAAGGGGGUAGGGGGUUAACUUACAAUUUCCUCUGUGGGAGCAGGGCCAUAGCUAGACACUUUCAAAGAAAUCUGUCAGGCAGAACAGGAAUAUAUGAAUAUACACUCCCCAUAUACCCAGUAGGGCCCGGCAUGGGAGAGGUAUGGAUGAUUUCUGGAAUGACCCAAUAGUGAAAAUGAAUAGAAUUUGUUGGCUGACUUUGAAAGCUACUUUUUUACGACAUAUGUAACACAUUGUUUGCCUCGACUUCAAGCUAAUGCCUCAAGCUAAUAUGGAAAAUAUAUUGCCAACUUAUACUUUGUGUUGCAUAUAAUUUUGUCAAGAAAAUUGCAUUGUAUCAUUGAACAUAAUGAACUUCAUUGAUUGUAGAUCAUUAUUACUAAUACGGAAUCAGUAAAAUAAAUAACUGAUAUGUAAUAAUCAGAACAAAAUCUCUAAUAAUUUUUAAUUGUAUUGAUCACAACUGAUUAAUAAUUUCAAGAAGCGUUGACUAACUUAUUAUUGAUAAAUGAAGAUUUUGUUGUAAAAGGGAGAACUUGCCUAGUUUUUAAAAGGCUGUGCCUUGCAGCUAGCCUUGUCUCUCGAUUAUAGUAAUAUGAAUUAUAACGAUAAUACUGACCUUCUGGCAUCCAUAUGCUAAUAAAUCUGAAUCCUCACUGAUAGCAAAUCCGCAUGUCCAUUUCUUGUCAGAAAUGCAAUCUGUGGGUCAGCCUCGUAUGGAGCGACGAUGUAGAUGUUUUUGUAGUGACAUAACUAAAAGAAUAACAAAACAUUUCCCAGUCGUGAUGAAUUGCAUAUAUAUUCACAUAUAUGGGAAUUGUAAAACUAGCAUCUAAAUUCUAAAUGAACAACAAUGCACAACUUACUCUGAUAAAUGUUGUUGUCAUGGCAUAUGCAAUCUGUGCAGAUUCCCCCAAUAACUUGUUUGCUGCCGAUGUUUCUCCUUUCUGCAUGUGUUCUGCCGCUUUGGUCCUCGCUUCGUUUCGUUUCCUUUAAUAAUGACAUCGUUUGUGCAUUUGUGAGAGAAUGCUUUGAUUUACAUGUUUACACGAUUUACAGAUUUACAUCUGAUAUCAUAUACAAAAUGACAAUAAUUUAAUGUACCACGUCCUCUUCACUCAUUCUUUUUCUUUAGCCGGCAAUGGCAAGCCAUCAAACACUAUGAAAGGUUUUAUCCCGCUUCGUUGCAGGAUAUCAAUAUACAACUCAAGGAUGCCUUGCAAUCUAGAACAAUGAAUAUAGGAACUAUCUGAAAACCCACUGUUUUCAAAAUGAACAUAUUUAAUACGAUAAAAUUAAAACCUCACCUGGAAUCAUUGCUGUUUUGUUUAUACCUGGUAGAAAGUGCUCUAUGUAUCCAACAUGAAGCGUCGACUGCUGCUGAUUGUCCACUAAGCGAUUCAAUGUUAACUUUAAUGGUAACAUCCUUCAAAAAUGGCAGCAAUGUAUUGAUGCCCAUUACGAAAUGUAACCAGACAAGAGGCUAUGCGCUCGCAGCAUCAGACUGCACCGCGAGUCAGUAUGCAAAUGAAUGAAUUUUACAUUUUUACCCAGAAGCCUUUGCACCGUAGUGCACACACCGCCUGGUAUUUAAUAAUAUUAGUGACAAAUUCAUCGGAAAACACAUGGUGGUCAACUUUGCACGUUUGUCGCUUUAUUUGCCUUGUGGAAGCAAGCAAAUUUUGUUAAAUGUUCUGUAUUUGCUGUUGAAUACAAGGUGAAUUAAUUUAAUUAAUGACCUCAAUCCAAUAACUGCGUUUCCUAGUUUUGAAGUUGACCACCAAGUGCUAAAGUGCCACAUGAUUCAGAUUGAAACCCAACUAUGGUCGCAUCACUGUUUAGUCUGUUAAUCACUCUUUUAAUCUGCGUAGUCCGGCUUGGCUAAUUGACUAUUAGAGCAACAUAAAUAAUAAAUAUUUACUAAUAAUUAGUAAUAAUUAUUAGUUAGAAAUAUUAAUAUUUUAUUGCUUUAGGGAAUACUGUACAGUAACCUAGCCAGAGCCGGGGGACACCCCCCCCCCGAGAAAAUGUUGCACCCCCGGUACAUCUAACUUUUGUAUGCCUUGGUUAAGUUGUCCCUCCCCCUGGGUCCACAAAAAUUUAAAAUUUCAAAGUCUGAGUGCAUAUUUUUUGAAAUACAACAUAUCUUUAGUAAAAUGCUCAAGGAAAAGGAUCUUCCAACAGCAGCAGAUGACACAGCAAAUCUUUAGUAAAAUGCUCAAGGAAAAGGAUCUUCCAACAGAGGCAGAUGACACAAUAAAUCUUUACUCUGUCUAACGCUAGAUGAUUUUACUCAUCAAGGGGAGUCUUGCAACUUAAAAUUCGGGCCCACAGUAAUUGGCUCACGCUGUUGCGGUCAUCCUGCCUAUAGUCAUGUCUAUUAUUCUUGUUCUUGUUAUAGUUUUGUGUAUUGUAAUAUGGCGAAACUAAUAAAUAAAUAAAAUAAAAAUAAGAAAUAAAAAAUGGGUUAAUUAAUCAGUUGGUUAUUAUACAACCGAUUUCAACUUAAUUCAUAUUUAACAUUCACUUUAACCCAUUUACUGGCAGUACUCUACCACUGACAAGUAAUUAAUCGUCUGGCGUUAGAUAGAGUAAAUACUAAGUAGGGCACAUUCACAUUGCCAGUUAAUGAGUUAAUAUAAACAACAUUAAAAACAGACUAGGGUAUCAAAGGCUAGGUGGAUGCUUCUUUGCCUGCAACAAAGCAUAGCGGUGGGACUGCCACAUGAUCAAUAUUAGAUUUCAGCAAUGAAGGGAAUCAAUAUUUCAAUAAAAUAAUUAUUUAAAAAAUAAUUGUUAAAAUAAUCAAUAUUUUAAUAAAAUAAUUGUUGUCAAUUAAUACAAUAAUUGUUAGAAAUUGUUGGGUUAAUAAUUAUUGGGUUUGUUGCCUCCAAGGAAUGCAUCGACUUAACCUUUGACAUCCUAGUCAACUGAUUUUAACAUGUUAAUAUUAUUACAGUCGAUUUCAAGUCACUUUUCAAAGCGCAAUUCCCAAGUUUGUUUUGAAUAUUCCUAAACUUCCUAAUUACAUUACCAAAUUUGGAAUAUUGUGUGAGAACUUGCAAAGCAAAAUUUGCAUGUUGGUGAAUUAAGUUCUGAAGUACCCGACUAAAGUACGGAAGUACUGAACUAAAGUACUCAACUAAAUACUGAAUUGAAAUACCAAAGUGCCGAGUUGCAUAAGCAGAUAUAUGGGCGACGAAUUAGACAAGUUCCUUCUAAGUUUUAGGGAUAAAAUAGGAUCCCAAAGUUAUCAAAAGCCACGAUUCUUCAAGAAAAUGAUUUUACGUCUACAUUAGCAUUAAAAUUGUUAGAUAGCAAAAAUCUUGAAGAAAUACUUAAAGGAUCGGAGUUGCCACUUGGGGCAAGGAAAAUAUUGGACUACCAUCUUGACUUGAUAAAAAAAUAAAUCUCAGUUGAAUCGAAAGGCUUCUGAAUAUUGCUGCAAUAAAAACGUAACCUCACCAGACGAAACAUGUAGUGACAAUGAGACUACCCAUGGCGUUGCUACUGAAACCUUGAAGCAGAAUUCCACUGCAGUAUGUACAAAUAUAAAUAUGGUUAUAUGGUUUAUGCUGCAAUAAAAUUAUAUAAUGUAAAACAUUUCAGUUUGAUAUUAUACUAACACCGCAUUUGCUGUUACCUAGAGUAAGACUAUGGAAUAUCCAACGACAGCAAAGCGGCCAUUGCAAAAUCGUCAAAGAAAUGUCGAAGAGCAAAUUCGUGCAAAUCGACAAGAGUUGCAGGUGAUGCAAGUCCGUUUGGAAUCAAUGAACAUAAACGUACCGGAAUUACCUGAGAUUGGAAGGUAUAAAGUCGUCUGUGGUAAUUGUCAUCACCGAGGACACAGAAAUCAACAAACUAAACCAUGUAUCAUGGAAAGAUGCUCGUCAUUUACGUACUGUGGCAUUAAGGAUAAACAUCCGGAAUAUACCUCUAAAAUGCAUCAAAUGAAGUGUGUCAUAAAAAAAGAGCGACGUUAUUAAACAACUUGAAGAAGAAUUGGAAGGCAUUAAGAAUUUCCAAAGCCAGAGUGAGCAAUUUUAUAAAAGCUUUUACCCCAAGAAUGAUGAAAGUUAAUCCUGAAUAUAAAACGAACCGACCAAAACUUCUUCGUGAUAUUAGAAUAUUGCAUACGUUUUUUGGUGGUAAAAUUCCCGAAGAAACUACAAAUGAUCCCGAACAGCUUACAAUUACAAUUGCCAAGUGUAAACAUAUGUUACAAAAGGGAGUUGGCGAUGUAGGAGUACUCGCAUCGUAGCACACGAACGAAGACAACAAAGUCAAUCAAGCGGACACACAGCAAAAUUCAAUGUGAACAUGAACUUGUCGCCUGUCAAAAACAAUGGUAAAGUCUUGACACAAAAACAAAAUAUGAACACAGAUUUCAUCGAAACAAAAAUCAUGAAUAAUGAACAAAAUACGAGGCAAAAACAUUCCCGAGCUAAUAAAGGGAAGAAAAAGCGUAAACGUAAAGGCAAGUCAGUUUACCACGACAGAUCUUCAAGAAACUCCGAGCUGAGUUCAUCCUCAAGUGUCAGUAGUAGAUCGUCCAGCAGUGAUUGCCUCCACAGUCGGAAAAAACCUAAGAAAGCCUCUACAAGAAGAAAACUACCAUACAAUGAGCAGUCGCACAGUAUAACGGGUUUUUUAACGGGGGCCCUUAGUUUUUUAACUAACCCUAUCUAGUGAGCGUUACGCCACUGAGGGAGGCGGUCGGUGGCGAAAGGGGGGGCAGCUUCAACUAUUUUUGCCUGAAUUGGGGGUGGCCUCAAAAUAUGUGACAAGGGGUGACCCCAAAUUUUUAAUACUUUCCUACUCAUUUUCAAUCUCUUGCCUUUAUCGUAUUGCAAAAUAUUUCACCAUUUUAGUUCUUAUGAUCGUAGUUUCCAUAGUUUAUUAAUACGUAUAUGCAGUUCGCAAUAGGAGUCAAUAACGAUAGGAGUAAAUAACAACCAUUUUAAAUACUGGUCCUCUUAUUAUUUAGGCUACACAAUGGCUUACACCAGUACUUGUCCCAUUACCUAUUUUACACCAACUAAGUAACAAAUUAAAUGUUGGAGGGGGGUCCUAAAUUUCUACUGAAGGUGGCGGCAUCUUGAAAAUAAAGGUCUUGUGACUGAGGCAGCUCUAAAAAGUUCAAUAUUUGGUAUCCCCCCCCCAUUAUUAAUGAGUGGUCCCUUAUGAAAGGUUUUUAUCCAGUAAGAUUUACUAUAUAAUUCUAAAGCACAUGCAUCUUUCGACCUUUAUAAAGACAUACUAUAUUAUUAUGAGUGUAGUACAGCAGUAAAUCGAUAAAGGUUUUAUGUAUGCAUAAUUUGGAUCUUUCAUAGAUAUCGCACACACGGUAUUCGUAUGAAUAUUUAUAAGACAAAUUUACAUAUUGGAAUUAGUUCACUUACCAAAAAGUGCAGUUGAUUUGAUACAUCUCCAACCACUACUUGUUUUUAUUUUGUACUCUUCAAAUUUCUCAAGCAUUUCUGCUUGUGAAGCGGAAACAUGCACCCGGUCACUAUCGCUAUACUCUUCGAUGGAAGCCAUAUUGCUUUGGUUUCGCACACUAAUUUAUUUGAAUUAUAAAGAUGGAAUACCGCUGACUCAUAUGAAUUCAGUUUCAGAUUUGUACGUAUCUUAUCUAUGAUCUAGUGCCGACCCAUUUCUUAUUUCAGUGCAAAAUAACGUGUGUAUCCUGCGAACGGGCUGUCAGGUUCGAAAGGCGGUGCUUUUAUAUAAGCUAAUAAUAGAUCUUAAAUUAAUAAACUGAAAAGCAUACAAAUACAAAUCAACUUAUAAACAUUAUUAUAUGUUCGACUAUAGGAGUAUUAUUAUGAUAUGACAUAUUAGUAUAAUUUAGUGUUAUAAUUCAAUUAAAAGGCAAUAUAAAGACACGAAACAGGGUUCCGCGUUAAACGCGGUUUUCCCAAUUACCUUGAGGUCACAAUUUCCCAAUUUGGGUCAGCCAAAAAUAGUUAAAAACAUGUUUAUAACUACAUUUGCUCAAAAUUACUCCCAAAAUGUGGGAAAUGCCAUUUCAAAGACACAAAAAUUUUAAAAAUUGAGAGGGGCCCCAGACCCACAAAGAAAUGCCCGGCUUCAGGCAAAAAUAAAUUUCCCAAUUUCAAGUAAACACAGAUUUUUUUACUUCUGGCUAACGCCCUGCUAAAAUAAAUAAACUGAAAAACAUACAACACUAACACAGAUCAACGCUUGGGCUCCCUGUGGUUGUUAUUAAUACACAACGAAAAAUAUACAAUAAAUUACAACAAAGUCAAAGUACAAAAGCGGAAGUGUGCUGGUUUUAGUGUUUUGACUGUAAAUAAAUAAAAAUCGUCCAUCCAUCAUCCAAGUUUUAGCACAAGCCAUGAAAUUCCUAGGAAAGAAAAAUCCCUUUGAAACUCGUGUUGAAUGCUGGUAUAUAUAUUGUGGAUUUGGUAUGCUUUUUUAUCCUUUCCUCUUUGCUGUCUUCGCUAGCUACGUUUGCGCCUUCACCUUUCACUUUUCCGAAGGAAAAAACUGUUUCUACUGUUCAUGAACGUCGAUGGCAUCGUCAAAACACCUGGUAAGUGACUUUUAUUUCAUAUGUAGAAAAGUAGGUAAAUUUAUACAGGGUGUAUCAAAAAAAGUAAGACAAUUUUGAAAUUGCUCUCAAUUCCACAAUUCUGUUCAUGAAAUGUAUUUUUUUAUAUGUAUGGAUUCCUUGAGUUCUUAAAUUAUGGAAAAUAUAAAAAAAAUUGAAAAUAGUAAAUUUUGCUAUCCAGGGGGGUGGUCAACUUUUGCUCUCCUAAAAGUGGCUUGCGCACACGGAAAUGACAAACAGUAUUCUUUAUUUGAGUUCAUGUAUGAAAAGUUCGCUAUUUGUUGCAUUUAUGAUAAAAUUUCGGCAGGAUUUUACCGAGGUCAAAUCCUCCGAAAAGCCUAUGAAAACGUUACAUUUUUCUCUGUUGGUGCUUUUCUUGCUUCAUUAUGAAUUCAUUUUUACUCCCAUGAGAGUUCCGUGGAAUUUCCAUGGAAUUUGUGCUUUCGAGUUGUUUGUGCUGAAACGCAUUCUCUCGUAUAAUACCACAUACAGUGUGAAAUGGCGAUGCCACAGUUUACCCCGCAGCAGAGAGCUUUUAUGCAUGGUAUCAGAGUUCCUCCGUAGCAACAACAUAAACUUGGUUCGACAAAGUUUCACGAACGAAUAUCCAGACUUGUGUACGAUGCCCUUCACGCAUUCGCACGUGAAGGGCAUCGUACAUCUGAAUAUUCUUGAAACUUUGGCGAACCAAGUUUAUGUUGUUGCUACGGAGGAACUCUGAUACCAUAAAAGCUCUCUGCUGCGGGGUAAAUUGUGGCAUCGCCAUUUCAAAGUGUACGGGGUAUUAUAUGAGAAAAUGCAUUUCAGCACAAACAACUCGAAAGCACAAAUUCCAUGGAAAUUCCAAGGAACUCUAAUGGGAAUAAAAAUGAAUUCAUAAUGAACCAAGAACAGCACCAACGGAGAAAAAUGUAACGUUUUCAUAGGCUUUUCGGUGGAUUUGUACUUGGUAAAAUCCUGCCGAAAUUUUAUCAUAAAUGCAACAAAUAGCGAACUUUUCAUACAUGAACUCAAAUAAAGAAUACCGUCUGUCAUUUCCAUGCGCAAGCCACUUUUCGGGGAGCAAAAGUUGACCACCUCCCUGGAUAGCAAAAUUUACUAUUUUCAAAUUUUUUUAUAUUUUCCACAAUUUAAGAACUCAAGCAAUCCAUGUAUAGCAAAAAUUACAUUUCAUGAACAGAAUUGUGGAAUUGAGAGCAAUUUCAAAAUUGUCUUACUUUUUUUUAUACACCCUGUAUAGUAAAAACCUUUGUGAAAAUGGUGCACAAAAUUUUCAACUGUCGGUCACUGGCCUGCUGUUUGUUUAUAAAAUACGCUGCCUGCGAAGGCAUAGACAGUACAAUGCCUGGUGAAAAAAUCGAGAAAAAAUUGUCUUUAUAUUUCGCUUCUGCUUUUGCUUUAUAUUAUACAUUGGUAUAAAUUUGUAUAAAUCUAUACUGAUGUAUAAUAUACAUAUACCUUGUAUAAAUACAUCAGUCAAUUCCAGCAGGGCCCAUCGCCCUCCUGGAUUACAACUCCGGGUAAUUGCGGUUUUUAAAAUUUUGAUGUCUAACUAUGUGUGUGUCGUCGGAUUUCCCAAUGCUGGGGACUUAGGGACUUUGAAUGUAAUUUUUACCCAAGCUAUGGGGAAAAUCUGGGGGCUUUGCACUGUCAUUUCCCUACACCAUGGGAACUUUACAAACAAGUUGUUUCUCCAUCGUGAGAAAAGGCAAGACAAUUUAUGUGGACAUAAACAUGUGGACAUAAGGACAGAAACACAAGUGAUUGUUUUCUAUUGUUUUGAACAAACUUUCAGAUGACUAUGCAGACAAGCAGGCAUGGGGGUGGGGACUUGCAAAAUAAUAUAUCCCUUGGGGGUGGGGGAAUAGCGUGUCUGAAUACCACUUUGCCUGCUACAUAAUGGGUCUGUUAUAAGAUGUUAAAACCUUAAUAAGGAACAUUUUCCUCAAUUCCUGAGUGAAACCUGGCUUUACUCUACCCACAAUAUUCUCAUAUUAUUCAUGAUAAUAAUUCUUUUCAAGUGCUACUUUUUAAUUGAUCAUGUGUUGAGAAUUUGCCUGCAUGCAUGCUGUCCUUUAUAUUUCAGACUUCAUAGACGAACACCUGGCCCGGGUUAAAAUUAUAAGAACCAAUACGUGGUUUACAAGAAUUGUUUACAAUCUUUCUUGUUACAUUAUAUAUUGCCAAGAUUUUGGCAUGAUUUUUCAAAGCCUUCUGUGAUUUUCAUAUCCCUUGUAUGUAUAAGGCAGUUUAGGGUACAGGUUGUGUCCAGGUGUCCCCCUUGGUAAUGGUUAGGGGGGCUUAAUCCAGGUUAGUCAAUCCAGCUUGUUCAUCUGGUUUAACCAAUCAAAUUAUAUUUAUUCAGCGUUUGAGUAAAUUCCCCUUUGCAAAGUUGAAAAGAAGCCUGGCACCGAAUUCGUGUGGAAUUAUGGAGCUGAAUUAUGAUAUAUAUUACAUAUUUUAAUUAGUUGUUUAUAGUAAAAAAAUAUGGAUUUAUUGGGGUCAAAUUCGGACAAUUUAGUACUUGAAGAAGGGGACAUACCUGGUGACAAAAAAUGGAGGAACAAUGUACAGUUGCGGUUUUGAAGCGGUGGUUGUCGUGCCAUGGCGCGAAAGUCACAUGGAAGGGAGAGUGAAAAGAUUUGUUCAAUUUUAAACAUUUUAUAUAAUAUACUCAAUUCAAUUGUAGUUUCAAGUUUUCUUUGACCGAUGUGACAAGUUUUAUUUAUUUGCACGGACAAAAUAGGAGGUUUUUUGCUUUCAAAUAAAUGUAAAAUUGUACAAGAAUUGCUUUUUAUAAGAAACUAAUUUGAAACGAUAUGAAUUUUUCAUUCUUUAAUAGCCACAUUGCUGACAGGUGACUUAAAUUCUCUGAAGCAGUUUGUACUUCAACUUUUCAUAAGCUUUAUAUAAAUCCUGGGUUUUUUUCAAAAACAGGGUCAAUGAUUACAUUAAAAAUGGACUGGACAAAAAGUUAGUGGAUCCAGAUAGUGGUGUAAAUUUGGCAAAGAAAAGACUAGAGUUUGGCUUUGCUGAAGAAUUACACCCUGAAGUGAAUGAAAAUUUCCCUUCCACUGGGUUUGAGUGUGGAACAACCAAUCUCCCAAGGAUAUCUUACUGCAACAUUUGGAAGUACUUGAUAGAAGAUGUCGAAAUAAAAAAGCAGUUGUCCACAGAAAAUCCUAUUGUUAAGGGAUAUAAUUUUUACAAAUCUGGCAAUGUCCUACAGAUUUUCUCAAACAAAGAACACAACAAACAUUAUGUUUUAAGCAAAGUACAUCCAUCAAUGCAAAAGGGAAAAGUCUACACAGUAAAGAUUAUUCUUUGUUCAAAUGGCGAUAUUUCCAAUUUUGUUGCUGUCCACCUGGGGUUCAUGGUCGCUGUAAUCACCUUGCUGCAACUUUGUUCUCAUUAG